AUGCCCAAGAUAGAACUUAUCAGAAGAAGCUUUAUUCAGCAGACUCAACUCACCGGAGGUGUAAAAAUUGCUCAUUUCAAUGCAAGACACAUUUACAUUGAUCUUGAUAAUGAGGAAGAUCAUACUUCAGUUUGGAAUAAACAGAAAAUGUAUAUUGAUGGGCAACUUAUGCGACUACAAUUGUGGACUCCAACCUUCAGGCCAGAGGAGGAAACUCCUAUCGUACCAGUUUGGGUCAUACUACCAGAACUACCAUGGCAUUAUUACAAUAAAGAAUUUAUAACCACCUUUUUAGACCCGAUUGGUAAAAUCCUGUACCUGGAUGCAGCAUCUCUUAAAAAAACUAGAGGCAGUAUUGCAAAAGUAAGGAUACAAAUGGAUAUCACCAAGGAAAGGCCUCAACAUGUAUGGUUAGGAAUUGAUGAAGAGGAUCACAAUAAAGGCAAAUGGCAAGCUAUACAAUAUGAAAGUUUACCUGAAUACUGUUCUUAUUGUAAGCAUCAAGGGCAUACUAUGACAAGAUGUAAUGUCAAGAGGAGAGAUGAAGAAAGGAAAGAAGCUGAAGAAGCAAGGAAUAAUAAAACCAGGAAAGAAGAUGACAACCAGGUAUGUCCCUUAACCACUGUACAAAUGCCUGAGAAUAAUAUAUCUUUAACUAAUGCAGGUACAAAAGAAAAUCAAGCUGGGAGACAAAGACAGCACCAAAAUAGGAACAAAAACAAGGAGGAACAACAAGAAUGGCAAAUUCAGAAAAAACCAAGACAGAAGGAACAACAAAAGAAUGUUCAAUCAAAGCAGAAUCUAGCAAAACAAACAGGUAUUGACUUAUCUCUCCCAUCCCCCCAAGUCCCCAUUAAUGGCUUAGAUGCUGAUGCAAAUGACACAAUGGAUGACGACUGCAACCAAAAAAAAUGA